GCGUUCUGGGCCUCCACACGUUCUAUUUAAGGGGCUUUUAUGUGGCCCCGCAGAGCUGACAUGAACAUCUUUACUAAGAUCCCAGGAUUAGCCCAAAAGAACAGCAAGCUGGGUUCUGUGCUCCAACGUGCCUUCUACGGGUCCAGUGGAAGGGUGACCCUUUUUGAGCAGAGGAACUUCGCCGGCAGGCGGCUGGACCUGAGUUCAGACUGUCCGAGGCUCAGUGACAAGAACUACCCAGAGAGAUGCAACUCUGUGCAGGUGGAGAGCGGCGCAUGGGUCGGUUAUGAGCAUGAGAACUUCCGGGGUCGACAGUACCUGUGGGACAUGUCAGAGAGAGGCGAGUACAACUGCUGCGACAAGUGGUGUGCUCAGGUGGACCACAUCUCCUCCGUCCGCUCUGUCAGACAGGACAACAGCUCUGCCAGAGCUCAGCUGUUUGAGCGAGUUGGUUUUUCUGGGAAGAAGAUGGCGAUCCAGGAUGAUGUCCCCAACCUGAUGAACCGCUACAACCUCAACAGAGUGGCCUCCAUCCGCGUGCUGGGAGGAGCGUGGGUGGUGUACCAAGAGCCGAACUACAGGGGGCCUCACUACAUCCUGGAGAAACGAGACUACAACAACUUCUCAGACUGGGGCAGCCAGAGCAACACCGUGGGCUCCAUGCGGCGAGUCCGCUUCAGCUAAGACCCCGGCAAACACGUGGAACCUGUCAGCUUCACAAACUAUUUUACUAAUAAACAUUU